AUGGCUGGGUCCGACAAAUCCACCCCGAUAUCCCUCGGCGAAGAGAGCCUCGGCCCUGCGAUCGAGAUGACGGACAUAGGACUUAAAGCUACCAAGAAGCUCGCCAACCCUCUCGACGGCCUUUCCUUCGAGGAGUUGUCCAUUCGUGCAGAAGAGUACUGCAAAUACCAUGGUAUAACGAAAGAAGAAGAUGUCCGCUCUUUCCGCUUGGGAGCCCAGCUCGCCGGUAAUCUCGACAGGUGGGAUGCUGUAGAAGGUCUCACCGACGAGGAGAGGAUUGUUCUUGAGCAGGAGAGAGACCACAAAUGGAAGAACCCCAAGAUGCUAUACUUGGUCGUGGCUAUCUGCUCUCUUUGCGCCACGGUCCAGGGAAUGGACGAAACCGUCGUAAACGGUGCCCAAGCUUUCUAUAAGCACCAAUUCGGCAUCGGCAGCGGUAGUAUACGAGACACCUGGUUGCUUGUGUCUAUCAUUGCCUGUAUCUGGCAGGCUCUGACGAACAGCUGGUGGCACCUAUUCAUUGCUCGAUGUCUUCUCGGAUUCGGCCUUGGCCCAAAGUCUGCUACAACUCCCAUGUUCGCCGCUGAGUGUGCUCCUCCAAGACUUCGUGGAGCUCUCGUCAUGCAAUGGCAAAUGUGGACAGCCUUCGGAAUCAUGCUUGGAUAUGCUGCGGAUCUAGCUCUUUACGAAGUCCCCGACGUCGGUGGUAUCGUCGGCCUCAGAUGGAGACUUAUGCUCGCAUCAGCCGCCCUUCCCGCGAUGGUAUGCGCUGCACUGGUCUGUACCAUUCCCGAAUCCCCUCGCUGGCACCUGAGCAAGGAGGAACCGGUCCCGGCGUACCAAAGUAUGUGCCGCCUUCGGUUCAAGAAGAUCCAGGCCGCAAGGGAUAUCUUCUACGCCGACGCCCUUCUCAACGUGGAGAAGGAUGUUGUGCGCAACACCGGUGUCAAGGAGCUGCUGACCGUCCGACGGAAUCGUAAUGCAUUCUUGGCUUCCGAGAUUGUCAUGUUUAUGCAGCAGUUUUGCGGUAUCAAUGUUGUCGCGUACUAUUCAACCGAGAUCUUCCUGGCCGCCCACUUCUCGGAGAAGUCCGCUCUGGUGGCCUCGCUCGGGUUCGGUGUCAUCAAUUUCCUCUUUGCGUUGCCCGCUUUCUGGACAAUUGACACCUUUGGUCGACGUAACCUUCUCUUGGCCACAUUCCCCUUCAUGUCCGCCUUCCUCCUCUGGACGGGCUUCAGCUUCUGGCUCCCCGUGGGCGCCACCCGCAUCGCCAUGAUCAUCACAGGCAUCUACCUCUUCGGCAUGGUCUACUCCCCCGGCGAGGGCCCCGUCCCUUUCACCUACUCUGCCGAAGCCUACCCUCUUUACAUCCGCCCCAUCGGCAUGUCCUUCGCCACGGCGACCACCUGGUUCUUCAACUUUUUACUCGCCGUCACUUGGCCUAGUCUUCAGAGCGCCUUCACGCCUACUGGCGCCUUUGGCUGGUACGCCGGCUGGAACAUUGCCGGCUUCGUUCUUGUCCUGCUCUUCCUUCCCGAGACUAAGGGUCACACCCUUGAGGAACUCGAUGCUGUCUUCGACGUGCCUCUGUCUAGUCUUGUUAAGUACGGGAAGAGUGAGUUCGUCUGGUUCUUCAAGCGCAAGUUGCUCCGUCAAGAGGCCAAGCGGCCGGCAGUGCCUCAUGCCGCCGUGUUGAAUUCUGGGAACUUCCAGAUGGCUCAAGGGCAGGCGGGCGGGGUAUAA